AGGUUCUUCUCCAAUUGAAGCAGAGGACUGUCCACCUAGGAGUGGUUAGUGACACAUGAGAAGGCUGGAUGCUAGAAAUGAACAAAGAAAAUUACACACUUUGUCUGAAAACUUAAUUUUCAGGAACGACUGAGUAUAGCCCAGCAACGACAUCAUCCACACAAACUUGCAAUGGGAAUGCCCAUCAGUGCAGUAGCACCAUAUCUCAGGAAUCAGCCAGUGUCCUUUGCAAAUCAGACAUAUUUCCCUCCUGUAAUUAAUAAUGCUCAGCACGGACUACCCGGGAAUUUUUGGUUGGGUGGCAAAGUUGAAACAGCUGUGCCUUCAGAAUUGGAAGCCAAACUUGCAAUUUUCAGACAUGCUGCUAAAAAGGACCAUGACUUCCUUGAAGAUGAGCAGUUCUUCCUGGAGACACUAAAGAAAGCUCCAUAUAACACAACUUCACAGACAGUAUAAAACCACAAUCUUUAGGGAAUUCUAAAACUAUUGUAUAAAUCCCUUUUUACAUCAUUGAUAAAUGUAACGAUUGCUUAAUUUUUUAAUACAGUGUAUAAACUUUUUUAUUUUUAUAACAAUGUUUGCAGGAAAUAGAACCAAUUACAGAAGUAAAUUAUUUUGUAUAUGAGCCAUGCUCCUGACAAUUCAAGUGGUAAAACCUUUCCCUUACAUCUGCUGGCACAGAUACACCUCAUUCUUUGAGAUAUAUUUAGACAGGAGAAAGUGAGGUCUGCAGAUGCUGGAGAUCAGAGCUGAAAAUGUGUUUCUGGAACAGCGCAGCAGG